CGUUGACACCUGAUUACGUUUUCUACUUCAUUUUUACAAAUAAACCCCUUGUUUUACUUGCGCGUUGGAACAAGUCAACAUACAUUCGUUCUCCACUCCCCGUAAGUCUAUAUAAUUCCACAACCACCCUCUCUGUUCCUAUGUUUUGGCUGCGGCGGAGAAACCCAUGGAGCUGAGCACCGGCGGCAACAUGGAUAAGAACCAUGAAGCCUUCUCACCGUCGGUACUCAAGCGCAAGGGGACGAAGCGUCUGCGUAUGGAGGCGGAGGACGAAGCACCGGCGGCUGCUUCCUCCUCGUCGGCGGGGGAGCCCUACAGGAGCGCCACGGGCCGAGAGGAUGAGGCCACGGCUCGCUGCCUCAUCCUCCUCGCGCAGGGGCGCGCUUCUCCUCCGCCUCCGGAUUCCUCCGAGUGGAAGUCCUUCGUUGCGAACGCCGCCGCUGGCGGCGGCGGUCGCAGGUUCCCCGGCGAGGAGUGCGCGUACGACUGCAAGACAUGCGGCAAGAGUUUCCCCUCCUUCCAGGCCCUCGGCGGUCACCGCACCAGCCACACGAAGAACAAGGAUUCGCCUCCGCCGCACGGCGAGGCGAAGCGAGUUCCGGCGAAGAAGGAGGACGUAGGCCAACGGACCGUCUGCAGUUCGCCGAAGCCGCUGCGGGUGCACGAGUGCGCCAUCUGCCGGAUGGCCUUCUCCUCCGGCCAGGCCCUCGGCGGCCACAUGCGCCGGCACCGCCCGAUACCUUCCCCCGCCGACGAGGCGGCGCCGCUUCCGGAAGUGAAGAAUGAGGUGAUCAAGAACGCCGUCGUUUUGGACCUCAAUCUACCUGCGCCGCCGGAGGACGAAGACUCCGAGGAGCAUCGUAUGGUCUCGCCGCCGCCGUCAAUUGUCCCCUUCCCCUUCGAGAACCAGCAACCACUCGUCUUCCCGGCGCCUCCAGCAUUGGUGGAUUGCCAUUAUUAACCAAAACAAAUCCACGCCAUAAAAAAAAAAAUAGUACCAUUUUUUAUCGCCUCUGUUAUGUACAUGGAAAAUAUUGGAACUUUAUGGGCUUUCCUGCAAAUUACACCUAUCAUCAAGUGAUCAAACUAUACAUAUAUUUUUAAAUAUCCACGGGACAGUUAGCUAGCGCAUGAUAACAUCAUAAGAUCCGAGAGUUAAAUCUCUAUUAAUAGCAAAGUAUUGCCCUCUCCUAUAUGUUAUUCAAUUGUCCAAGAUUAUUAGUCAUCCGUAAUUUAUCUUUUUCAUAUUAGUCUGUAGAAUAGUUGGCAGAGGUUUUGGGACAAAUAAAUCAUCUUUUACUAU